GACUUCCAGGCUGCUGUCGAGGAGGGAGGAGAUGCUCAAGGGUAGACUUGCGCGCUAGAAAGCCCUCCGCCAAUCGACGACUUUCCCGCCGUUUCCGGUCGCGCUCCUCUGAGCUCCGCCCCUGACCUUUGAGGGCAUGCGCCGUCGCCCGCGUUCCGGGAGCCUUAGGCGCGUGCGCGGGGCGCUGGGCUCCAGGGCGAGCAUCCUGGGAAGGCUGAGCGAGGGUGUCUUGAAGAAGUCUCCAGAUGUGGACUUCUCCUUCCCUCAGCCACCGCCAGGCUCCAACUUCUUCAGUGGUACAAAAAGGGGGGUGCUCUUUCUCACCUCAUACCGGGUGAUUUUUGUGACUUCCCGUUCACUCAGCGACCCCAUGUUGUCUUUUAUGAUGCCAUUUCAUCUAAUGAGUAACUGCACUGUUGAACAACCGAUCCUUGGAGCAAACUACAUUAAAGGGACCAUCCAGGCAGCUCCAGAUGGUGGCUGGGAAGGAUCGGCCACUUUUAAAAUGGUCUUCAGGAAAGGAGGUGCCGUCGACUUUGCCCAGCUGAUGGCCAAAGCUGCUUAUGCUGCUGCCCAAGGAUUUCCACUCAUAGUUCCAAGUUUCUGGAUGCACCCUCUAGGAAUUUUUGUCAUAGCUGGGCAGAGGAACAUGUGUGGCCCACAGGCAUGCCCAGUUGUCUAUGGAGUCCCGCCUGCGGGAUACGGAGCCCCACCUCCCAGUUACAGUGUCCUGCCUCCUGGAUACGGAGCUAGGGGAUAUGGAUUCCCUCCUCCUGUAUAUGGAGCUACCCCUAUGGGCUAUGGAGUCCUGCCUCCUGGAUAUGAAGCCCCCACUAUGGAGUACGGAGUCCCACCUCCCAGAUACGGAGUCCCACCUCCCAGAUACGAAAGUACAGCUGUGGGAUCUGGAUCUCCACCUCCUAGAUAUGAAGCCCCACCUAUGAGUUAUGAGACUCCUCCUUCAGGACAUAGGUUCAUACCUCCUAUGUCCAGUGCCUCACCUGCAGCACACGAAGCUCCACCUGCUGGGUCUGAAGCAGGGCAUCCGGUUUCUGUGGCAGCCCAGACUCCUGAAUUCCAGGCAUCUUUACCCUCUACCUCAUCCUCACAAGCCCAUUCUCCCACUUCUAAGAUGUAAACCUUGAUGUUCACCAAGCAAAACUGCACCCUAGCAUCGAUGUCAAGAAAGAACACUUAGGUUUAUGAUCCCAGACCCAUCCUAGGUAGUUGAUCCCCACCUUGGAAGUUCAGACAUAGGGCAGAACUAAGCUUGAUCUCCAUGCCUAGAUUUUAGAGGCAGUGUCAACUCUCCAUUAGCUGGAUAAAGGAGGAAUACCGCCAGAGGGCUAAUUCCCUAGUGACUUAGUUGGCAUUGGAUGCAUUUUAAAACAUACCUUGAUGUGAGCUUGCAAAGAAGCCUCCUGCCUCUCUCCUCAUCUGCAUUAGAAAACCUUUAUCAUACUCUAUUUGCUAGAUACUAAGAUCUGCUAAAAUGUCAUGCUGAGAGCCGAGCCUGCUUGUGCAGGCCUGUAACACCAGCUGCCAUAGAGGAUGACACAGAAGGAUGGCAAGUUCAAGGCUUGCCUGGACUGCAGAGUCAACGCCAGCCUGGGCACUCUCGUGAGAGCUUGUCUCAAAGACUAUAGAAAGGUCUAGGGAUAGAGCUCAGUUGUAGUGUGCUUACCCAGUGUGCCGAUGGUCCUAGGUUUAAUUCCCAGUACCAAAGUUAACUGAUUAAUUGAAAUUGCAGGUGCCAGGCAUGAAUGCACAUGCCUGUAAUCCCAGCACUUGAGAGGAAGAGGCAGGAGGUUCAGAAGUUCAAGAUCAUCUCUGGCUAUGUAGGGAGUUAAAUGUCAGCCUGGGUGGGCUACAUUAGAACCUGUCUCAACAAAAUCAAAGCAUCACAUUCGACACAGUUGUUUUUUACAGUAUUCUUUAUAUUAGAGACAAAAAUGGAACAACCUUAAUUUCCAGUGAGAGGGGAUCUUAUAAAUUAUAGCAUAUGCAUACACUAGAAGAGUAUGUAGAUGUUAUAGAGAAGGCAGUCUUUAAGACCGAAACAAAGAAAUAAGGGAAAAAGAUCACAGGUCCAAAGCAACAUACUAGGAGGGAAUAAUUUCUUACAUGUGUAUUAAAACUUUUAAGUCUACAGUCAGAAUAUGCAAAGAGCUAGGAAAAGAAGCAGGGAUCAGGGAAGAUGGCUAAGUUGCUCACCUGUUUGUCACAAGCAUGGGGGCCUGCCAUUGAACAUUAGUACUUAUAAGAAGCAUACACCUGUAACUGGGGGUGCAGAGACAAGAUUUUUGAGGCUUGCUGGCCAGCAAUCAGUGAAUCUGUGAGCUCCUGGGUCAGAGACCUUAUUUCAAAUAAGGUGGAGAGCAAUUGGGGAAUAUACCCAACAUUGACCUCUGACCCCGCAUGCACAAAUAGGCAUGUACAUCUGUACACACAAUUUUUUAACUUUAAAUGGAAAGAGAUGUAUAAACCAUGAAUUACCGCCGGGUGGUGGUGGCACAUGCCUUUAAUCCCAGCACUCGGGAGGCAGA